AUGUCUUCCGGAAACAACCAGCAGCCCUCCCUCAUCGGCGGCCACGCCGAAUACGUCAAGGGCGCUGCAGAGGCAACCAUCGGCAACGUGACCGGCUCGGAGCCAUGGAAAGCCUCGGGCGAACAGGCGAAAGCGCACGCCGUCGACACCAUGAAGGCCGCCGGCGAGCAGCGAGAUGCCUCCAAAGGCUUUGGGUCAAUCGAACAAAAGGCAGGCGCGCUAGCUGGAUGCGAAGGCAUGGAGAAGGAGGGAGCGGCCAGCAAGAAGGAAUAG